AUGGUAUUCACUGGGCUGCUCACCUCCAACAAUAGAACUCCUUCGGUCCGGUCCAAAUCGAGCGAGUCCGAUCUCCACCUCCAGCCAGAGUACAUCUACGAUGAGGCCCAGCUACCUUGUCUCCCGCCUGAGAGGCCCGAUCUCCGCGAGCUGAACAACAGCCUCGAGGCUCUCGCUGCCGUAUUCCCCGAUAUCCAGAUCGAGGUCUUUCGAGAGCUGCUGUCCAACUUUGACGGCGAAUCGCGUCUCGCUCUUGUCGCUGAUGCCCUUUUAAAGAACAGGGUGACGUGGGUCAAGGGCCGCUGGAGGGUCCCUGAUAAGGAGACGACCCGUCCCGAAACGGUUCCCAAGACUGAAGCGUUCAAGAGCAAAGAAUAUAAAAGAGCUGUGCAAAAUCUGGCAUGGCACGAGUUCAAGGGGUUAUCACGAUCCACCAUCAACGCUGUCCUUGCCGAAUCCAAUUACUCCUACCUCGAUGCUCGACAAACCCUCGUCACAUUAUCUUCUAAAUCAUGGCGUUUCACAAUAUCAUCACUCUUCUUUCGACGUAAACCUAUCGCUACAGGGGAGGCUGAGAAUCACCCGUUGGUAUCAUGGCGCUCAACCGGCCAAGGGUCUAUCAUACCCACCAUUCGGGCAACAGGCAGUGCAGAGCUUGACCGCGAACUAUACGAUAUCUUGGUGGCCCCUCUGAAAGAGAAGGAUAGAUUGGAUAGAGAGGGAAGAGAUAGAGGCUUGGCCAUGAUUCUCAAUAACGAAGAAGCGGAAGAGGCUGAAGCAACGCACGAGUGUGUCUGUUGCUACAUGUCAGCAGCCUUUGAAGAGUUUACUCACUGUAACCGUGAGGGCCAUUUAGUCUGCUACCGUUGCGUACAGCACUCAAUAAAGGAAGCUGUAUUCGGCCAAGGUUGGCAGAGCAGCAUCAACCCAGAAAUGGGGACGCUCAAGUGCCUCUCCUCCGACGGCGACGGAUGCCCUGGGCAUAUACCACCCGAUCACAUUCGUCGAGCCAUGGAAGAAGAAAAGAAGGGUGCAGAAAUCUUACACAAGCUUGAUCGUCGACUAGCAGAGCAUAGUCUCCUGGCAUCCAAUCUACCAUUGGUACGGUGCCCUUUUUGUGACUACGCUGAGAUCGACGACAUAUACACACCAGCUCACGAGUCUGCUCUUCGCAUCAAGUCGGAUAGUAUAUCCAACCUAAUCGUCCUGAUCCUUUGCAUCGCGACUAUACCCUUUGUCUUUCCUUUCGUCCUUAUCUCUUCCGUUUUAUGUCUCAUCCUCAGCACACAGCAGUCUUUCGGCGACUACAUUUCAGUGGAAUGGUCCAAGGCUCUUAACCGUCAUCGCCGCCGCCGCCGCGGUACAAAAUUCACAUGCCAGAGCCCCGAGUGCGGUCGUGCGUCAUGCCUCUCAUGCCACAAGUCAUGGAAGGACAUUCACGUGUGUAACGAAUCAUCGCUUGUCGCGCUCCGUACACAGGUCGAACAAGCCAUGAGCAUGGCGAUCAAGCGCGUCUGCCCCCGUUGCAAUACGUCAUUCGUGAAGAAUGCAGGCUGCAACAAACUCACAUGCCCGUGUGGCUAUAAGAUGUGCUACGUCUGCCGUGCCGACCUCAGCGACGAGGGAUAUCGCCACUUCUGUGACCACUUUCGCCCCGAAGGUGAUGCUACGCCCUGUAAGGAGUGCGAUAGAUGCAAUCUUUGGGAAUCAGAGGAUACAGACAAGGUCCUGCAGGCUGCGCGCGAAGAAGCGGAGCGUAAGUGGAAAGACAUGGAAAACCGAGAACUAUCAGGCACAGAGCGUGCGUUUCUUGAGACAGGCGUUGCAGGGAACAGGAUGGACGUGAGUGUUGAGCGCGUGUUUUUCAGUGGGCGAGUUCCUGCUCUUGCAGAAGUUUUCGACCUCAUCGUAGAAACUGUGUUUGUUUGA